UUAAGUUUUUGUAAGAUAAAUAGCUGUGAUGGAUGAUGUAGAUACUACAGUAUUUUAUGAUGAUGAAAAUGACUUCAUUGGACUUGGUUAUUAUCAUGGUCAAGAAUAUGAUUAUGAAUACGAAGAUGCUGAAGGAGAAACAUUUUCCGAACUCUAUCAAUAUUGUCUUGUACCUACACUCUAUGAUACAGGAUUUUAUAUGUUGCCACUGUUUCUUGCAAUGUUUAUCUUUCGAUUUGUAUCUCAAAUGCAAUCUAUUUCUGAUAGAUUAUUUCAUGGAUUUUCACUGAUUAUUGGAAUAUGUAUUAUUCAGCAUUAUGCGCAAGAAUGUUUAUUUUUAUUAGUAUUAUUUGUUAUACUUUCUUACAUUACCUUACAUAUACCAAAGAAGUAUUAUAAAGACAUAGGAGUCUUCUUGCCAUCACUUUUUAUAAUUGCACAUUGUGAAUUUUAUAUGAAACCGAUAAUCUGGCAUAAAGUACGUAGUAUAAUUAUGACCAUGGCAAUGAAAACUAUUAGUGUUGCUGCAGAUAGCAUUGAAUCUAACAACAUACCAGAUUUUUACAGUUAUAUGGGAUAUAUGUUUUGUGCAGCUACUUCGUUCUUUGGUCCAUGGGUUCCAUUAAAAGAUUAUUUGGCCUUACGCCGGCCAAGUCAGCAAGGAAAAUGGUGGUUAUUAAUUGUAAUUGGAUAUACUCUUCAUUCAUUCCUUUUUCUAAGUAUGUCAAACUGUUGGAUACAAUGGAUAUUUUCAGACAAUUCAUGGAAGUGGCUAAUAGCUUAUAAAGAUGCAUUAUCUUUCAGAACAUCCCAUUAUUUUAUCUCAUACAUGGCAUCAGCCAUAUUAUUUUUAGGAGGAUAUCCAUACUCAUUAAUAUCUAUUGUUAAACCAUUAGAAAUUGAACUACCACGUUCACUCGUUCAAGUUGUUGUAUAUUGGAAUAUUCCAAUGCAUUUUUGGUUAAAAAAAUAUAUAUUCCGUCCAAGUCUCAAGUAUUUAGGAAAAUUUGGAGCUGUAACUAUUACUUAUCUAACAAGUUCUCUUCUACAUGGAUUAAAUUUUCAAUUGGGAGCAGUAUUAUUGAGUCUUGGUUUAUAUACGUACGUAGAGCAUCAACUUAGAAUGAUGCUUGCUAAUAUUUUUGACGCAUGUAUUGGGUCAAAAGAAUGUAUCCAAAAUAAGUGUACUCACUUAUACAACUCUUAUAAUUGUUGGGUUAUUUUAACAAACAUAAUGUUUACGGUAUUAACAAUGUUUCAUUUAGCUUAUUUGGGUCUUAUGUUUGAUACUUCAGAGUUACAAGAAACAGGAUAUAGUUAUAUUCAUACUAUUGAAAAAUGGUCUCAGCUUGGAUUUGCCAGCCAUUGGGUAGCAUUGGCUACAUAUUGUAUAUAUUUUUUAAUACGAUAAACACUAAUAUAUCUUAUAUAUUCUCAUAUGUUUAAAACAUUUUAUACACAAUAAUAAUUUUUUAUAACAAUU